CGCGAGACGGUGCAACGUUCUUCAUACUGGACAUCUUCGUUGACUGUGUUUCUUCCUCCCUUCACCUGAGGCUACGGAUCGCAGUGAGAGCUCAACCAGCUGAACCACCAUCAAUGCCGUACUAUCCCCCCUCCCACCGCUUCGCCCGCUUGAUCGGCCCCAGCCUUAUGGCCGUCUCGCUUACAGAAUCUCUAAAUGCGCAUAUAUGGACCACCAGCACGCCGCCGCUCAUCUUCCUCAACGGCUCCAUCCUUUUCAUAUCGGGCCUGACCAUCCUCCAGCACCACAACCUCUGGCGGCGAGACUGGCGAGUCCUCGUCACCCUGGUGGGAUGGUCGAACCUCACCAUCGGGUUCCUACGCAUGGCUUUGCCGGAACGAAUGCUUGAUCGUGUACGCACGGUCAGCAUCAGAAACAUCCGUAUCGCAACGAGCAUCACCGCCACCGUAGGAUGCGUCUUGACUCUGAUGGGGUACUUCCCCUCGCUCAGCCAUUUUGAGAAUCUCGGAAGGCUCUAUCUAUCCUCGCCCUGUCCGAACCUGCCUCUUCUCCCUCCGACAGUCGUGGUGUCAUAGCAACAGUCGUCGACACCUUCUGGUCCUGCUCGAUCAAAGCAUAACCUCCACUAUCCACAAUUGGCUUGGGCUUCUGCACCUCGCUCAUCAUCACCCCGGUGCCAUGCGGAUCCGGCAGUCUCACACUCCGCAUACCAACUUUUUCAAUCCAGACCUUCGUAUCCGCGCGUGGAUCCCCCUCUUCAGGGUACAGGAAUGCACCGAGCAACCUCCCCGCCGAGAGACCGUACACAUAAUGCCGAAUGCGGCCGACGCUCCCACGGCCCAGCAGCAUGGACAAGCACGCCGCCACGAGAACGAGCACGAAGAGGACCAGAGUUAUCGCAGCCGGUAUGCCAUAGACAUAAUGAUACCGUAU